ACUUCUACCCCACGUCACGAGUAAUUAAAAGCCUUUCGCUUUCGCACCUUUCGUUUGGCUUCUCUCCUCCUCUUUCCCGUCUCUGCUCCAACGUAAUGAAGUCCGACCAGUCACCUCCAUACCCCUCCGCCCCAACCGCUGCUCCUACCCUCCACGAAGCAGCAUCACACGCGCCUCCAUCUGCACCGUCCUCCUCUUCUUCCGCUCCCUACUACCACCAUCCUUACGUCCAACACGCGCCGGCUGAGAAGCCUCCCGCUAGUCCCAUGGAAUCCAUCCUCCACACCCUCGAUUCGUGGGGUAAAAAGGCUGAAGUAACCGCCAACAACGUCUGGCACAAUCUUAGGACGAGUCCAUCGGUAUCUUCGGCGGCUUGGGGGAAGAUGAAUCUGACCGCGAAAGCCAUCAGCGGAGGCGGAUUUGAGUCUCUCUACAAACAAAAUUUCACAACCUCUCCCAACGAGAAGCUCAAGAAGACCUUCGCUUGUCACAUCUCCACGUCGGCAGGUCCGGUUUCGGGAACCCUCUACCUUUCGAAUCUUCACGUCGCAUUUUGCAGCGAUAGCCCCGUGUCUUACAACGCACUCUCUGGCCAACAGGCUUGGAGCCCCUACAAGGUAAUGGUGCCUCUGGGUAAGAUUGGGUCAGUGAGCCCCGUGAUCAUGAAGGAGAACUCACCAGAGAAGUAUAUUCAGAUUGUGACGGCGGACGGAUAUGAUUUUUGGUUCAUGGGUUUUGUGAAUUUUGAUAAAGCGGUCGAGCACCUCUCGGAAAGCAUCUCUAAUUUUGUAGUGCCAGGAAUAGCAGUACCAUCAUCGGCUUCUUCUUGAGAAGUAAUGACAACUCGAGCCAAGUGAAGUGGGUUUUAGGAUAAAAUCUCCCUGCUUUGGUGUUUCUAUUUGUUUUUGUUUUUGUUUUUGUUUUUUUGUUAUUGAUAAUUUUCUUCAUACUCACGCCAUAUUUAUAUUUUUCUUCGAAUGUAGUUGUGUAUAUUUACAAAAAUUGAGGAGGUUACAUUUUUUAUCUA